AUGCUUCCUCCAGAAAGCGGAAUCGAUGCAUGGCUUCGCUAUGCCCCUCUAUCCGAGACAUUGCGCAGCCUUCAUAAGCCAGUUUCCAGCAUCAUUGCUCUGAGCACCAACCUAAAAUGUCCAGUUUCUGUCGCUGGAGAGGAGCUCCGACGUGGCCUCGAGCGCAUACUGGGACAAAUCGUACAGGUCGACUCUGACCUUCGCGCUGACACCAAAGGUUCAAUUGUAGUCGGCACCUUGCCAGCUCUGAAGGCGAACGGAGGCGAAGAUCUCGUUCAGUCAGUACCUGUACUCGAUGAAGAUGGAUUUUGGCUUGACACAAAUGUUGAUGGAAACAAUAACAUUCACAUCGUCGGCCAAAAUGAGCGAGGAGCCCUUUAUGGAGCAUUCGAAUACCUCUCUCUCCUUGCACAGGGCAAACUGGCCAAGACCAAUGUCCAACAGGCAUACCAUCCCGGAGCUGCUAUCAGAUACGUCAACGAAUGGGACAACCUCGACGGCAGCAUAGAAAGAGGUUACGGCGGCAAGUCCAUCUUCUUCCGCGACGGCGAGGUCUUGACGGACCUAUGUCGUGUCCGCCAAUAUGCUCGCUUAUUAGCCUCAGUCCGCAUCAAUGGCUGCAUUGUGAACAAUGUCAAUUCGAGCCACAAUCUUCUCAACGACACAAACCUCGAUGGUCUCGGUCGAGUCGCCGAUGUCAUGCGUCCUUAUGGAAUUCGCAUUGGCGUUUCAUUGUUCUUCGACACUCCCCGAGGCCUCGCCGGUCUGCCAACAUCAGAUCCUCUAGAUCCUGAUGUCAUCAAGUUCUGGGAGGAUAUCACGGCCAAGCUGUACAAGCGUGUCCCGGAUAUGCUUGGAUACACCAUCAAGGCCAACUCAGAAGGUCAGCCGGGGCCUCUGACAUAUGGUCGCACACUUGCACAAGGAGCCAACAUGUUCGCUCGUGCACUGAAGCCUCAUGGUGACGGUGUCGUCAUGUAUCGCGCUUUUGUCUACAACCACCACCUGGACGAAUCCGAUCUCAAGAACGACCGAGCCAAUGCCGCGGUAGAGUAUUUCGCUCACCUUGAUGGCGAGUUCGAAGAUAACGUCAUCAUCCAGAUCAAAUUUGGCCCAAUAGACUUUCAGGUUCGUGAGCCUCCCUCUACUCUAUUCGCCCAUCUCCGGAAGACGCCAAUGAUCUGUGAGUUCAUGGUGUGUCAGGAGUAUCUGGGUCAGCAGUCGCAUUACGUGUACAUGGCCCCAGAAUGGGAGACUAUUCUCGGCUUCGACAUGCGCAUCGACGACAAGCCUUCUCUUGUAAGAGAUAUCGCCUCUGGCAAGGUCCAUGGUAUAAAAAAGGGCGGUUAUGCUGCAGUCACCAACAUCGGGGAUGACCUUACAUGGCUGGGACACCAUCUAUCUAUGUCAAACCUCUAUGCAUACGGUCGAUUGUGCUGGGACGCAGCUGCUCCAGCGCAGGAUAUCCUGCUCGAUUGGAUUCGCCUGACAUUCACUGCAGAGAACCAGAAGGUGAUAGACACCAUCUGCGAGAUCGGAAUGGAGUCCUGGCCUACAUAUGAAGCCUACAGUGGUAAUCUCGGGAUCCAAACCCUGUGUGACAUCCUCUACAACCAUUACGGCCCCAGCCCAGGUUCACAAGAUGGAAACGGCUGGGGCCAAUGGACUCGCGCCGAUAGCAAGGCCCUCGGCAUGGACCGCACCGCUGCCACUGGCACGGGCUAUGCAGCUCAAUAUCCACCUCAGGUCGCUGCUCAGUUUGAGAGGAUCGAGACAACGCCAGAUGACCUUCUUUUAUGGUUUCAUCACGUUCCUUAUACGCACAAGCUCAAGUCUGGUAAAACCGUAAUCCAACACAUAUACGAUGCCCACUACGAAGGGUCAGCAAAUGCUCAGACAUUUGUGACAAGGUGGGCAUCCCUGAAGGGCCUCAUUGACGAUGCGCGCUUUGAGCACGUCGCUUUCAAGCUUGCGUAUCAAGCAGGUCAUUCACUCGUCUGGCGUGACUCGGUGAACAACUUCUAUCUGGCCAAGUGUGGCAUCCCAGAUGAGAAGAAUCGUGUCGGAAACUAUCUAUGGCGUAUAGAAGCCGAAAGCAUGCAGCUGAGUGGUUAUACCAUCGUUGACGUUACGCCUCCUGAAGCAGCGUCUCUUGGACGUGCCAUCGUGGCAUCAUCGUUGGAAAAGGCCGUUGCAACCACGAUACUAACGUUCCCCUCGGGGAAGCGUGACAUUGCUGUUAACUACUUUGAUCACACUGGUGGGCAUGCACGCUACGAGCUUCUCCUAGAUGGAAAGAUGGUCAGAGAGUGGAAAAGCGAUCUUGACACGCGGCUUGGCCAUGACUUCUCGGAGUAUCUAGACGGACACUCGGCCACGAGAGUUUACUUGCGUGGUGUUGAUGUUUGGGAGGGCGCCAAGCUAACAGUUAUCGGUUACCCAGACGGAAAGGACAUGGCAUCACUAGAUUACAUCUCGGUUUUGCCUGAGGGAGUGGUGGAUUAA